GAAGCCUGGGAAUGGUUCGAGAGCGUUGGAAGACCGGUGUACUGGUUGGCGCCCAUGGUGGGCCAGUCAGAGUGCGCCUUCCGCAUGCUAGCACGGCGCAAUGGCGCGCACAUAUGCUCCACCGAGAUGAUUGAUGCUGCCGGAUAUGCGAGGAGCGAGAGCUAUCGUGCACAGUUUCCUUUCCAUCCUGAGGACAGGCCUCUGAUCGUGCAGCUGGGGGGAUCGAAUCCUGCCGAUCUAGCGGCAGCUGCAGCCUUGGCUGCUCCCCACUGCGCCGCUGUGGAGCUCAACGUGGGGUGCCCCCAGCGGUGUGCAAAGAAAGGUGGGUACGGAGCCUUCUUGAUGGAGAAGCGCGAGCUGCUGGCAGAAUGCGUCCGGAGCAUGGCAGAUGCGAUACGAAAGUCAAACCCGAAGGCAGCUUGCCUGGUGAAGAUCCGAUGCUUCGAUGAUGUUGCAGAGACAGUGGAGCUGGCGAGGAUGGUCAGGCGAUGUGGAUGCCAGUGCCUGACAGUCCAUGGGCGAACAAGGGUUCAGGGAGGAGGGAAGCGGACUGGAAGGUGGCCAGCCAACUGGGAGUGGAUCCGGGCAGUGAAGCAAGCUCUUGACAUCCCCGUGAUCUCCAACGGCAACAUCCGCACUCAUCGGGACAUCGAGGAAUGUCUUGCUGCUACUGGAGCCGACGGAGUGAUGAGCGGCUGCGGCAUGCUGCGACGUCCAUGGAUCUUCCUCCCGCAG